AUGGCACCUCAAAAACCCCAAAUUCCUCCCAAUAUCGAUGAUUCGCUGACCUCAAGUGAUGUAAUUGUGCGUGAAGGUGAUAAUGUUACCCUAAGAUGUAAAGCGAAAGGUAGUCCUGAACCCUCGAUACGUUGGAAACGAGAUGAUGGUCUAAGAAUUGUUGUAAAUAAAUCAUUAGAUGUACCCGAAGUUGAAGGUGAUACCUUGGAAUUGGAACGUAUAUCUCGUUUACAUAUGGGUGCCUAUUUAUGUAUAGCUACCAAUGGUGUACCGCCCAGUGUCUCGAAACGUAUUAAAGUCAGUGUGGAUUUUUCUCCCAUGGUCUCAAUACCCCAUCAAUUGGUGGGCAUACCCAUGUAUUUCAAUGUAACCUUAGAAUGUUUCAUAGAAGCAAAUCCAACGUCUCUCAAUUAUUGGACAAGAGAAAACGAACAAAUGAUAACAGAUUCUUCGAAAUACAAGUGAGUGUUGUAUAUACAUAUACAUAUAUUUUUGUUGUUUUUGUAAAGAGUGAAAUUCAUAAAAAAAAAUCAAAAUAACUUGCAGCUAAAUCAUUUUAUAGGAAUUAAUACUCA